AGUACGUGCGCGGUCACGCCGGGUGACGUGAGUACGUUCGCGGUCAAGCCGGGCGGAGCGGCGUGGCGUGGCGGUUGGGUCGGUGCGCGCUCCCAGACGGCGAGGAAAUGGCGAUCCCCUACCCGGAGGCCCAGCGGCUCGACGGCAGUGAUGACUAUCAUGGCUGUAAAAUUGCUGACCCCUAUAGAUGGCUGGAAAAUCCUGAUAGUGAUGAGACUAAGUGUUAUGUGGAAGCUCAGAAUAAACUGACAUUGCCAUUUUUGGAGAAGUGCCCAGUCAGAGGGAAGUUUAAAGCAAGAAUGACAGAACUGUAUGAUUAUCCAAAGUAUAGCUGCCAUUUUCGAAAAGGGCCAAGGUAUUUUCACUUCUUCAACACUGGUUUGCAGAAUCAGAGUGUGAUGUAUGUUCAGAAGUCACUAGAUGAUGACCCUCGGGUUUUCCUUGAUCCCAAUAAAUUCUCAGAAGACGGAACUGUGGCUUUAAGAGGAUAUGCAUUCUCCGAAGAUGGCGAAUACUUUGCAUACGGGCUGAGUACAAGUGGGUCAGAUUGGGUAACGAUCAAGUUCUUAAAAGUCGAUGGUGCUACAGAACUCCCAGACACCUUGGAGAGAGUGAAGUUCAGCUGUAUGGCCUGGACCCAUGAUGCUAAAGGAAUGUUUUAUAACUGUUACUUAAAACAAGAUGGAAAGAUUGAUGGUACCGAAACCUCUAUGAACCUUCACCAGAAAUUGUAUUACCACAAGCUAGGAUUUCCACAAUCUGAAGAUAUAUUAUGUGCUGAAUUUCCAGACUAUCCAAAAUGGAUGGGUGGAACUGAGAUAUCAGAUGAUGGGCAAUAUGUUCUCUUGUCUAUUCGACAAGGCUGUGACCCAGUCAAUCGACUUUGGUACUGUGAUCUGAAAAAGUUACCUGAUGGUAUCGAAGGAGUCCUGCCUUGGGUCAAGCUUGUGGAUAACUUUGAUGCAGAAUAUGAAUAUGUCACCAAUGAAGGAACAGUAUUCACAUUCAAAACAAACCUCGACACUCCUUGUUAUAGCUUAAUUAAUAUUGACUUCAGUGACCCUGACCCUUCGAAAUGGACAACUUUAAUUGCAGAGCAGCAGAAGGAUGUACUUGAAUGGUCCGGAUGUGUCAGGGAAAACUAUCUGGUUUUGUGCUACCUCCACCAUGUGAAGCAUGUCCUGCAGCUACACGAUUUGGCCACGGGAGCUCAUUUGAAGACCUUUCCUUUGGAAGUGGGCAGCGUUGUGGGGUACAGCGGACAAAAGAAGGACACUGAAAUCUUCUAUCAGUUUACAAGUUUCCUGACACCAGGUAUCAUUUAUCACUGUGAUCUGACCAAAGACAGUUUGGAGCCAAUAAUUUUUAAAGAAGUAACAGUGAAAGGAUUUAAUCCAUCUGAUUAUAAGACUGUUCAGAUCUUCUAUCCAAGCCAAGAUGGGACUCAAAUACCCAUGUUUAUUGUCCACAAGAAAGGAAUAAAACUUGACAAAUCUCACCCUGCAUUUCUUUAUGGAUACGGAGGCUUCAAUAUAUCACUUACACCGAGCUACAGUGUUUCGAGGCUUAUUUUUGUGAGGCAUCUUGGUGGUGUAUUAGCUAUUGCUAAUAUCAGAGGAGGUGGAGAAUAUGGAGAGUGCUGGCACAAAGGUGGCAUGCUGGAAAACAAGCAAAAUUGUUUCAAUGAUUUUCAAUGUGCUGCUGAAGUUCUUAUCAAGGAGGGCUACACUACUUCAAAGAAGUUGACCAUAAAUGGAGGCUCCAAUGGUGGUCUCUUAGUGGCGGCCUGCGUGAAUCAACGUCCCGACCUCUUUGGCUGCGCCGUGGCACAGGUGGGAGUCAUGGAUAUGCUCAAGUUUCACAAGUUCACCAUUGGCCACGCCUGGACCACUGACUUUGGCUGCUCAGAGGUCAAGGAGCAGUUCAACUACCUGAUCAAAUACUCUCCACUUCACAACAUUAAGGUGCCGGCCGGUGAGGGGAUACAGUACCCAGCGAUGCUGCUGAUGACCGCAGACCACGAUGACCGGGUAGUCCCUCUCCACUCCAUGAAAUUCAUCGCCACCCUGCAGCACGUGGUGGGGCGAAGCCCGAGUCAGGUCAACCCCCUGUUCAUCUACGUGGACACCAAAGCCGGGCACGGCGCGGGGAAACCCACGGCUAAAGUCAUUCAGGAGGUGUCCGACAUGUUCGCUUUCAUUGCACAGACUCUGCAGCUGCAGUGGAUCGAUUGAGAAGAGACGCUGUCCUCUUCGCAUUUAAUCGUUGUCGAAAAAGUGACGGCAAGAAUACCUGUAGACAGAAUUUAGAAUAGAGUAUCUUGAAGAAUGGAAGGCAUCCAAAACAAAAUAGUGUGUGCUGCUAAAUGGGAUUUUCGGAACUCGGUAGUGUAAUAUUAGUAGUGUGGACUAAGUGAUAUGUUGCAAGAAAAAACUCGACACUUGGCAAACAAGUUCUAAUCUCACUCUCCAGGAAGGAAGAGACGACCUUUCCAGAAAUGCCAGGAUCUCAUACAGGAAUCAGAACAUGUGACAAAUUGGGCAUGCAUUAAUAUUCCAGUGGUUUCUUUAUCCCCAUUGACAGAGAGCGUCAUGAUAAGUUCUAGGAGCAGAAUUCGGCCCAUCUAAUCUACUCCGCCAUUCAAUCAUGGCUGAUCUAUCUCUCCCUCCUAACCCCAUUCUCCUGCCUCCUCCCCAUAACCCCCGACACCCGAACUAAUCAAGAAUCUGUCAAUCUCCGCCUUAAAAAUAUCCAUUGACUUGGCCUCCACAGCCAUCUGUGGCAAUGAAUUCCACAGAUUCACCACUGUCUGACUAAAGAAGUUCCUCCUCAUCUCCUUUCUAAAGGUACGUCCUUUUAUUCUGAGGCUGUGGCCUCUGGUACUAGACUCUCCCACUAGUGGAAACAUCCUCUCCUCAUCCACUCGACCCACCACCCCCCCCCCUCCUUGUUGUUAUGGUUUGAUUCAUUUUUGGUUUGUUUUUGUUUCAUAUGAAAUCAUCUUGUUAUUGCCGAUCCCCUGAGACUUUUAAUCAUUGGCCAUAAAUGCAUAAAUGAAACUAAAAAUGAAUGAUUUCAGCGAUUGUCCCUGUAUAAUUUUCUGGGAGGCAUUGAAACCUGGUAGUUGCCAAUACUGUAUUUAGAGUGGGAUUGGUUUGGAUUAAAUACAAUUCAUACAUGUAGAUACUACUGUUUGAAUCAUACAGUGUGGGAACAGGCCCUUCGGCCCAACUUAUCCACACUGACCAACACUAGACCCACUUGCCCACGUUUGUGAAAAUGUUACCCCUCGUAUUCCUAUAAAAUCUUUUCCCCCUUCAUCUUAAACCUAUGUCUUCUGGUCCUCGAUUACCCUUUUCUGGGCAAGAGACGUGCCCACACCGACCAACAUGUCCCAUCUACACUUGCCUGCGUUUGUGUGAAAAAGUCACCCCUCAUAUUCCCAUAAAAUCUUUCCCCCUUCACCUUAAACCUAUGUCCACUGGUCCUCGAUUCCCCUCCUCUGUGCAUCUACCCGAUCUAUUCCUCUCGUGCUUUUAUACACUACAUCUCUAUAAGAUCACCAGUUAGAAUUGUUAAGUCUCUCUCAUGGUUAUUUAGAUAUGCUGAAUGAAACAAGCCAUUUGAUGUUUAAAGUUCUCUCCACAAAUAUCUGACAUCAUUUCAUGACCAACUGGAGUUUGUUUUGUGGUUUGACAGAAGUCUAUCUGUUUGGCUGCAUGGCAAUGUUUAGCCCCAUUCCAAAGCAUGAAAGUCACCAACAAACAGAAGUUUGAAUCUUGAGUCUAAUGUUGGAAAUGUAAUGGGCUCUGUAUCAUUAGGUUUUUGUGUGUGUUAUAUUGGGGGAAGCCCGAUACAGUUCCCCUUGUAUCUCCCAGAACUCUAUAGUUUCUGUCAAGGACUAUAGAAUGGCACGGUGGCGCAGCGGUAGAGUUGCUGCUUUACAGCGCCAGAGACCUGGGUUCGAUCCUGACUACGGGUGCUGUCUGUACGGAGUUUGUACAUUCUCCCGUGACCUGCGUGGGUGUUCUCUGGUGUGCUCCAGUUUCCUCCCACACUCCAAAGACGUACAGGCUUGUAGGUUAAUUGGCUUGGUAUGAAUGUAAAUUGUUCCUAGUGCGUGUAGGAUUGUGUUACUGUGCGGGAAUCGCUGGUCGGUGCGGACUUGGUGGGCCGAAGGGCCUGUUUCUGCGCUGUAUCUUGCAAGUCCAACUACUGUGCAAGUUCACAAAGGGGCGGGAGGGAGAGUAGUGAAAGAUUCUGCCUCACCAUUCCAGCGCAUUUGGUGAAUCACAUGCCGUAUCCCAGGAGAAUUAACUUUUGCCAACACAGAUUUUUUUUAAGUGUGAAUAGUGCAAAGAAAUAGAGCAUGAAUUAUGACUUUUUUUUAACCUAAAGUAUGCCUCAGUAAGUCUAAUACCAUUCAAACUACAAACCAGAUUCCAUUUUCAGGUCAGUUCAUGCAGCUGGAUGUUUACCAUGUGGUUUCAGUGUAUUUUAAUUGGAUUUCAAUAUUACACUGCAAAAUAUUUUCGCCUUGGUGAGAACAUGUCACAAAUAGGUCAUAUCAAACAUUGUCACUUUAUGUACAUGAAAAAUAAAACUCAAUUUACUCUA